AUGACAUCUUACUUCCAGCACAAGCGGGAUUGCCGCUUCAAACAAGAAGAAAGACAGCGCCGACUACUUGGCCUUACUCAUUGCCAGGGACCUUUCACAAGUUUUGACAAGGAAGUCAUUGACAGGCCCAUUGAAGGAUUGGUCCAGGAUGUCAAGAAUGGCGUGCUCAAGCCCGUCGACAUCUUGCGCACCUACGGUAGAGUUGCCGUCAAGGCGCAGGAAAAAACAAACUGUGUCACAGAGAUCAUGGUUCCAGAGGCCGAGGAAUGGAUCAAGAACGGAUCAAUCAACCUAAAGGGACCGUUGGCGGGUAUCCCAAUCAGUCUGAAGGACACUGUCGUAGUUGGCGGCUUCGACACGACUGUCGGCUUCAGCAGUUUCGUAGGGACCAAAGGGACCCAGGACGGAGCCAUGGUGAGGCUAUUCAAGGACGCCGGUGCUGUGCCCUAUGUCAAGACAAAUGUCCCCAUCACCCUUCUCAGUUUCGAGUCCACCAAUGACGUCUGGGGCCGGGCCAAGAACCCUCACAACAACAAGUACUCUCCUGGCGGCUCCACCGGCGGUGAGGCGGCACUCCUCGCUCUGGGUGGAAGGAUUGGCAUCGGUAGUGAUGUGGCUGGCAGUGUUCGUGCACCUGCUCAUUUCUCUGGUAUCUACAGUCUGCGAUGCGCGACAGGGCGCUGGCCAAAGCUGGGAGUGCUCACAAGUAUGCCGGGCCAAGAAGGCGUCCCGAGCGUCUUCUCGCCAAUGGCAAGGACCCUGAAUGAUCUGACAUAUUUCUCGCGUUCCAUCAUUGAGAUGCAACCGUGGAAGUACGACCCCUCUGUCCAUACUCUACCAUGGAGAUCCGACAUUGGAAAGGAGUACGCAGCCAAAUCCAAACUCCGUGUGGGAGUCUUGAGAACAGACGGCGUGGUGGAUCCCAGCCCUGCAUGCGCACGGGCAAUGAAGAUGGUCGAAGUUGCUCUCAAGGCAGAGGGUCAUGAGAUUGUGGAAAUCGACCCCCCUUCUCCAUAUGAGGGCCUGCAAAUUGGUUCGCAAUUGCUCAAUGCCGAUGGUUGCCAGAUGUUCAGAUCCUUCUUCAGAACAGGAGAAUGGAAUGAUCCCGGCUCGGCUCAAAUGGAGUGGAUGAUGAAUUUGCCGCGCCCGUUUAAAUACCUAUACUACCUGUGGGUCAAGUACAUUCGACGGGACGACAUCUGGGCCGGACUGGUACGAGACUGGCACCCCAAGAGCGCAUUUGAGAACUGGCAACUGGUAGCAAAGCGGGAGGCCUAUCGCGUCAAGUGGUUCGAGUGGUGGAACUCUGCAAAUGUCGACUUUCUCCUGACACCUCCAAACGCAACCCCGGCUGUUCCCCACGACGGCAUGAAGGACGCUGUGAGCAGCUGCGGCUACACCUUCUUGUUCAACAUCCUGGACUACACGGCUGGCAUUCUUCCAGUCACGCACGUCGACAAGAGUCUGGAUCAGCUGCCCAAGGACUUCAAGAUCAAGAAGCUCAACGGUGUUGCCCAGGGAGCUUACAAGCUCUACAAUGCCGACGCCAUGCACGGCUUGCCCGUCGGUGUGCAGAUUGUUGGUAGACGCUUGGAAGAGGAAAAGGUGCUUGCCAUUAUGAAGCGGGUCGAGGACUCUCUCGGUGAUAACCAGUACAAGCACUUGGACUUAGACUAG